AAUUUGAAACUUCGAAACUUUCGGAAUAAGUUUCUAAUUGAAAAUAAGGUAUACAGGGUGUUUCAAGUCCGAUAGCGUAUUAGACGUAUCUAGAGAAUGGAGCCUAUUUGAAAUCUGGAAAUUCGGAAUAUGAUAUUGUUGGCGAUUCUGAAUUCAAGGGGAAGUAGUAGGUAAGAGGGGACCUGGAAGAAGAAGUAUAUCAUGGUUGCGGAACCUGGUUUGGGAAAAGAUCGGCAGAACUGUUUCGAGCUGCAACCAACAAAAUUAUGAUUGCCAAUAUAAUUGCCAACAUCCGAAUGGGAUAUAGGUACUUGAAGAAGAAACAGAAGCGAUUCUCUCUAUAUCCAGGUAAAAUAUUUCUAAAGCUCCGAUACUUUCGGUUUUGAAACAAAUGGAACAAAUUGAAAAAAAAAUUUUUUUUUUCCUUUUCAUUUCUUAAAUAUUAUCAAGAUUUCCAUUCUCAAUUUCAUUCCUCAAAUUAUUGCGUCAUAUAAACGUUUUCAGAAUAUUAAAAAAACUAAAAAAAUUGAGCAAUGCAUCACACGGUUAUUCAAAAUUGUGAAAAAAAUUUGAUGAUAACUUUCGAAUUUGAAUUGAAUUGCGUUGGAUUCUACGGGGAAAAAUAGGGUAGUGUUCAGACAGGACUAUGUCCCUAAAUUCAAUAAUUCAAGAGUUAUUCGCACGCAAAAUUUUACUUCUUACAUUUUUUUCUGGAGUUUAUCAGACAGUGAAUCAUCCAAUAAAUCGAUCUGUUUAUUCAAUGUGGAAGUUCUAUUCAUUUUAGAGAUUUGAAUUUAAUAUUUAUACUCGAUUAUAUCGUCCCUAUUCUUCAAUUUCCGAAAUAUUUUAUAUAUUUGAGAUUGCAUACGAAAACAAUUCGUCACAUAACUAUUGCAAAAAACAUUCAUAGCGUUUGUGGAAGAUUUGUUGACAAAUCUUACAUUCUGAUGGAUUAGUUAUGUAUUCUUGUCACAGUAGUUGCACUCUGUUGAACUUCUCUCAUCGUCGAAUAACAAUGACGUUAGUUGCUAGCUAUGUAUUGAAGAAUAGAAUGACUGCUAUUAUCCAAAUUUUGGCGUGUGUAUAAAUGAGGUAGAUAAUUGACAAUUCUCUUCAUUAUAUUUGGGAUAAACAGCCGAUUGACACAAAAUGGAGGAAAUUUUCUGCACGAACUCUUGGAAUAACUGAAAUAAGGUUUUGCUGAUGUAUAUAAGACGACUGCCAAGCUUCAAAUUCAUGCCAUUUCUUAACAGUGUGAGUGAAGAUUUCAUCGAGUUUAUUUGAUAGCUAUACCUAACUGCGAUGAAAAACAUGAUUGCUCUAUUUGUUUGGAUUUUAUUCCAUUCUGUGCUGUCCGAAGAGCCAAAUAAAUAUACAUCGAUGUACGAUAACAUUGAUCUACAGGAGGUGGUGCACAAUGAGAGGCUACUUAAGAAUUAUGUCAACUGUUUAUUGGAGGAAGAAAGAUGUACCCCUGAUGGUGCAGAGCUCCGAAGAAACUUGCCAGAUGCUGUUGAGAAUGAUUGCAAGAAAUGUACCCAGAAACAAAAGGAAGGAGCUGAUUUCAUGAUGCAAUAUUUGAUCGAUAAUAAACCUGAAUACUGGAAUCUUCUGCAGAAAAAAUAUGAUCCCAGUGGAAGUUAUCGUACGAAAUAUUUAGAAGCAAAAAAUGGUGCUGUUCAAGAGGAGAACGCUAAAGAAUCUUCGGAACAUCAUAUCAUUUAGUUGAAAUAGUUGUAGGUACUUGACGAAUUUGAAUGUUUCAAUAAUAAAGAAUCAAGCCUUCUGCAGUUA